UGACCGCAUACUGUUUCUUCCGGGAUCACAACACUGCAACACGCCCACUCGGUCCUAACCCAGUCCAAACACUGUGAAAACAUCCACAUCAGAAGUCACAAACUGCCUGACUGGGGACCGAGCCGUCUGCCUCUCGUAAACUAGUGCCAGCGCCCAAAAGGACAAGGCUUCUAGAUGACAUCCAAGAAGGCAGGAGACCGAGGGCUGGAGAUGGAGGGGCUGAUUGGCGCGUCAAUCAUCCGCAUCCCGCCCCACCACUACAUCCAUGUGCUGGACCAGAACACCAACAUCGCUCGUGUGGAGAUUGGACCUCUCACUUACAUCCGCCAGGACAAUGAGAGAGUGCUGUUUCCUCCGGUUCGUAUGACCAUGGUGCCGCCGCGUCACUACUGUGUGAUCGCCAACCCUGUAGCCCGGGACGAUAACGGCCAGGUCCUCUUCGACCAAUCUGGUCAGGCCAAACUGCGCCAUGCCGACCUGGAGAUCCGCCUGGCCCAGGACCCGUUCCCCCUCUACCCAGGAGAGGAGAUCAAGCAGGAUGUGACGCCUCUGCAGAUCGUGUACCCAGACACCGCUCUGCGUCUGCAGGCCCUGCUGGACUUCGAGGAGGAGGGGGGCGUGAAGAGGGUGGCAGGAGAUGAGUGGCUCUUCGAAGGGCCGGGGACCUACAUCCCAAGGAAGGAAGUAACAGUGCUGGAGACCAUCAAGGCCACUGUGAUCAGAGAGAACCAGGCCAUCCGGCUGAGGGCCCGCAAGGAGGGUGUGGACAGAGGAGGGGUCCGCAGAGUCACUGGCGAGGAGUGGCUGGUCAGGAAGGUGGGAGCCUAUCUUCCAGGAGCCCAUGAAGAGGUCAUUGACAUUGUGAAUGCUUUCAUCCUCACUGACAAGAAUGCGCUGCAUGUCCGCGCUCUGCGCCCCUUUAAGGACAGUGGUGGGCGAGACCGGCGUACGGGGGAGGAGUGGCUCGUCACCAUGGCUGACAGGGAGGCCCACAUCCCUUCAGUGGCUGAGGAGGUGGUGGACGUGGUCAGCGUGACCACUCUGAACAGCAGGCAGUACUGCGUGAUCCUGGACCCGGUGGGACCCGACGGGAAACCUCAGCUUGGCCAGAAGAGGGUGGUCAAGGGUGAGCGCUCCUUCUUCCUGCAGCCAGGAGAGCACCUGGAGCAUGGCAUCCAGGACGUGUACGUGCUGUCAGAGGAGGAGGGCCUGGUGCUGAGGGCUGUGGAAGCCUUCAACGACACCGAGCAGCAAGAGGAGGAGGAAGAGGAAGAGGAGGAGGAGCUGAUGGAGGAGAGGGCCAAGCGUUCACGGAGGAGUGGUGUCCUCCGUCGGCCUGGAGAUCGCUGGAUGUUGCGUGGGCCGAUUGAGUAUGUCCCCCCUGCCACCGUGGAGGUGGUGCUGAAACGCCAGGCCAUCCCAUUGGACGAGAAUGAGGGCAUUUACGUCCGGGACAUUAAGACAGGAAAGGUCCGUGCGGUGAUUGGUCAUACCUACAUGCUGACCCACGACGAGGAGCUGUGGGAGAAAGAACUGCCCCAGAACGUGGAGGCCCUCCUGGCUUCCCCGCACGACCCGCUGGCCGACCGCUCGGACCGCAGCAGGACGGCGGUGAGCAAGCCCAGGGACAAGACCAGGGUGGUCGCCUACCGGGUGCCUCACAACGCAGCCGUCCAAGUCUACGACUACAGGGAGAAGAGAGCCAGGGUGGUGUUUGGGCCAGAGAUGGUGAUGCUGGGGCCAGACGAGCAGUUCACUGUCCUGUCACUGUCCGGGGACAAACCCAAGAGGGCCAACGUGAUCAAGGCCAUCUGCCUCCUGCUGGGGCCGGACUUCUUCACCGACAUCAUCACCAUCGAGACAGCCGACCACGCCCGGCUGCAGCUGCAGCUGUCCUACAACUGGCACUUUGACGUCAAGACUCGGGCAGAUGCUGCUCAGGCAGCGUCUCUGUUUUCAGUGCCCGACUUUGUGGGAGACGCCUGUAAAGCCAUUGCUUCCCGGGUCAGAGGUGCUGUCGCCUCAGUGCAGUUUGACGAUUUCCACAAGAACUCCAACCGGAUUAUCUGCUCGGCGGUGUUUGGCUUUGAUGAGAAGCUGGCUGUUCGGCCGAGCCUGCGCUUCAACCAGAACAACCUGGUGAUCAGCAGCGUGGACAUCCAGUCUGUGGAGCCUGUAGACCAGAGGACCCGGGACGCCUUGCAGAAGAGCGUCCAGCUCGCCAUCGAGAUCACCACUAACUCCCAGGAGGCUGCAGCACGUCAUGAGGCGGAGCGGCUGGAGCAGGAGGCUCGUGGGAAGCUGGAGAGGCAGCGCAUCACUGACCAGGCUGAGGCUGAAAGAGCCAGAAAGGAACUGCUGGAGCUGGAGGCUCUCAGUGCUGCAGUGGAGAGCACAGGAGCUGCCAAGGCUGAGGCCCAGUCCCGGGCGGAGGCGGCUCGAAUUCAGGGUGAAGCAGCAGUCCACGAGGCCAAACUCAAGUCUGAAGCACAGAGGAUUGAGGCUGAAGCAGAGCUACAGCGGCUGGCCAAGGCUCGAGAGCAGGAGCUGGGCUAUAAGAAAGAGAUGGACCGUCUGGAGGUGGAGAAGCAGGAGCGGCUGGCCCAGAUAGAGAGCCAGCGUUUUAGCCAGCUGGUGGAGAGUCUGGGCAGCGACACCUUGAAGGAGAUGGCCAGAGCUGGACCAGAGCUUCAGGUCAAACUGCUGCAGGCUCUGGGGUUGAAGUCCACCCUCAUUACAGAUGGAUCAUCACCAAUCAACCUCUUCACCACAGCCAAUGGCCUUCUGGGGGCCCUGCCUGGCCAGGGCCAGUGAGGAAGAUGAAGUGGAGAACAGAAGGAGAAAAAAAGGGAAGCUUCGUGGAAACUGUCCAAUAGUAAAUCCUAGUUGAGGUUCAUUUCUUGUAGCAGUGACUUGCACGCAGAAUGUUAAAUGGUUGGUUACUCUGAACCUUUUAAGGGCAGAGGUCAGUCAUAAGAUAAUGAUGUCACAUAUCACUAUUACUAUGAUAGUGAUUUUUUUGUAUUGAAGAUAGAUGAUAUUUUGUGCCAGAUAUAAUUUGACCAGAGUUCUGAGGUUAAUCUCCGAGUUCAUCUCUACAAUCACAAUUUGUAUGUGUAUGUGUGGCCCUACUCCUUUGUAGAAACUGAACUAUUGAAGUAAUCUGUAUUGUGUUUUAGAUGUCGAAGGAUCAUGACAGCUAGUACAAACCAAACAGUGCAGUGAAAUGAGAUUCAGAGAUUUACUUUUGGACAAAUUCCCAGCUAGAAGGAUGAGCCAUGCCCCAGGAAACAGUAAAAGAUGGUGGAAACUGCCUAAAGAUUGUGCCUAAAGAUGACUUUCCUGUCCUGUCCUGUCCUGUCUUUGUGUAAGCCUUUACUACUCUAAUAGCCAAAGAAAGCCGUUUCUGCAUUGCACUAUGUCUAUAAGUAGAACAUCAUGCUCAAUUGUAUUUGAAGCCUAGCUCUGCCAGUGUUUACAAAAGAGUUUUUCAGUUUGUCUGCAGCAGUAAUGCAAUAAAAUGGGAUCUGUGGUUUCCCUGUCCUUUCUACAUACUGUGUGAUUCUAAGCCCAAUAAAGUGCUGCCCAUAA